UGAUAAAAGCUGGCAGAGGCUGAGACAGGACUGAGCUUUGGCUGAGCCUGUGCCAGAGAGAGAAACAAAAAAUUCCCAAGAGGAAAAAACGCAGUGGAGAAGCAAUCAGUGGAAGAAAACCAUCUGGAGGAAACCCAAAACAGCACCAGCGACAGCAAGGAAAACACCAAGAAGUCAGGAAGAAAGGACUCUGAGGGUGCAAUGACUUUCUUCCUCAAACCACGACCAUGCACGUGGGACCUUGCCCUGGACUACCACACAGCCAAACAGUUUGAAGUGGACGUAACGCUGGAUCCAGCCACAGCGGGUCCAGAGGUGAUCCUCUCUGAGGACCUCAAAGAAGCCACCUGGGGUAGACCUCAAUGCCAGUGGCCUGAGGGUCCAGGCCGGUUCGACACAGAUCCAUGCAUGCUGGGCAGCGAGGGCUUCACCUCGGGCCGUCACUACUGGGAAGUGGAGGCCAAUGGGCGCUUCUGGGCUGUGGGGGUGGCCCGUGAGUCAGUUCGCAGGAAAGGCCGAGUCCUCUUCAAGCCCAACACUGAAAUUUGGGGCUUGCAGAAGUAUGAUGAGCUCUGCGUUGCCCUCACAGCUCCAUCCAACACCUCCGUCCCACUCCUCAAUGGGGAGAUUGGGGUCUACCUGGACUAUGAGGUGGGACAGGUCUCUUUCUAUGCUGUCAGCAGCCGCCAACGCAUCUUCACUUUUCCGGUGGCCUCCUUCAGUGGGGAGAGGGUCUUCCCCUACUUCUGCGUGCUCCUCUCAACCAUUAAACUGUCCCCCAAGGGCUGAUGCCCUGGAAGGAUCCUCCCAAAAGCUGGUUGCAUCAUGGUGGUUGGAAAUGCUCGUUGAUAUUCCUCAACUCUUAUUUUCCAAGUCUUGGAGUCAUUUCUAUCUCAGUUCGUGGUCCUGCCUCCAUCUUAGAUGUCUCUGUUUUGGGUUAGGCCCAGGGGGUUUUGAAUCUGAGCUCAGCACAGCUCAUCUGAAGUUGUUAAAUCCAUGCAAAGCUCAUUAACAGGAGCUGAGCUUCCCUGAGCUUGUUUUAGCUAAGAACUUCUCUUUUUUUCUUCCAAAUACAACUUCCUCUGAAGGUUCCUUUUGCUGACCUCAGUGCCUAUGAUUGUCUGGGCUUCCAGCACAAAUUACAAAUCUUAAUUUUUGCAGGCUUUGUAUUAAUACCAGAAGCAAUACCUCAUAUUAAAACUGAUUUUACAGUCACAAGGUUGUGCUCACACCCACUGCCCCUGUUCCUUUCCUCUGCUGUUCCCCAUGCUUGAGAUGUAUUUCCAAGUACUUAGCAUGUAAAUAUGUUCAGGAUAGAAUAAAUUUCUUUUUCUCUAA